UUGAGCUUUUAACUAUUUCAUAACAAGAAUUUUCUUCGUUUUUCUCAUCUUUUGAACUUCUUUUUGUUUACCAAUAAGAGUUUUCAUUUUGUUUAAUUGCUAGUAUAGAGUGAAGUGCUUUUCCAAAAAACAAUGUCACUGCGAAUACGGGUUGUACGCACAUUUCAACAAGGAUUCAAGCCCUAUCGUCAUUAUGUGCUUCGUCAAAUCGUUGUCCAUAAACAUACAUCCGCUGCUACCGAUGAAUUCAAAGAGAAUAAGCAUCUAUCCAGUGAAACCAGCGUUGACGAUUCGUCGAAACUCGGCCAACGCAAGAGCCAAACGGCCAUAGACAUCGAGAUUAUAAAAUUGGAAUCGAAAUUACUGAAAGAAAUGUUAUCAACCAAAGACGCGCUAAUUCAUAGCAAAGAUGCUCUCAUUGAUAGUAAGAACGCACUCAUUCAGAGUAAGGACGUCAAUCUGGAAAAAGAAAUGGUCAUACGUGGCUAUCUAGAGUCAGAAUUGCUAGCAGUCAAACAUAAACUCCAUUGUCGUGGAGUUAUUGAACGAUUUGAGACGUUGAGGACGUCGCCAUAUGUCGGUCAGCCGAAAAUGACGAGAUCAGCUACAUGGCAGAAAAUUCUUAGCACCGACCUUGAACUACAGAGAUGUCUAAGUGAAUUGAAAGGAUUUCCUUCGUCAGUAUCGCCUUCAUCAACACCUAUAGUUUUAGCGAAACUAGUUACGGAAUUUUACCGAAGAUUAUCCAAUGACAUUCACAGAGACCCGUCGGGGCAGACAAUGUGUGUGAUAAACAAAAGUUUUUGUUCGGACUGGGAGAUGGGGUUUAUGGUAAAGAUAUGUUCAUCCAUCCCAGUGCGACAUAAAGUAGAAAAUGCUGAUCAGUGAGCGAUAUAUAUAUAACGAAAUGAAGUAAAAGAUUUGGUAUCAAACACUCGAAAAAAAAUGUGUUUUCACUA